AUGAUUGCGGGUCAGAGACAGUGCGCUAAUGAGACCCAAACGUGCGGUGGGUUUAUAGGCACCGCAUGUUGUGAUGGACAGGGGUUGACGUGCAAACUGGAUGACCAAAACGGCCAGAUCAGCGAUGCUCAGGGAACUUGUAUUAAGAAAGGAGGUUCGGGCAAAACUACAAGUGGUUUGGCGUGUAUUAAAUUGAAUGGCAUUUGCGGUGGUUUUGCAAACGCCCAGUGCUGUACUGGAUUCAGGUGUCAGUACAUGACAGGUAGUGAUGCCGGACACUGUGUCAAUGGAAUCAGAAUUAACCAGAUUAGAUUUCCAUUCAGAAACAUCAUGCCCACUUUCUAA